AUGUCCAGGCGUCAGCUGCUGCAGGAGCUUCUCGCCUCCACACGCCAGUCCGGUCUCGGUGGACAACCCAGAGCUCCAGCAUCACUGCCACGAAGGCGAACAACGUCAGAAACACCAACAUGCAGCUCACGCCACAACUUCUCGACGAGCCUCCCCCUACGCAGCGCACAAGUCCAUAGCGUUAAUGAGCUUCCCGACCGCACCUUCCCACGCUACCUUCAGAGCACGAAACCCGGCUCGUCGCUGUUGUCGCUCCAUUGGCCGCGGCCACCUCGGAAUCUACUCCUUGUGCAAAAGCUCUACGCGCCUGAUGUGACCGAGUCUGUCAUCAAGUUUGCCAAACACAUUCGCACAGACUACCCAGACGUCAAUCUCGUCGUGGAGCCGCGUAUUGCGGCCGUUAUUCGCAACCACCUCCCGUUCCCCAUCUACGUAUCCGAUAGCCGGUCCAACACUGCGGGCAAAAUCGAUGUCAUCGCCACCUUUGGUGGGGACGGAACGGUCCUUCGAGCUGCGAGCUUGUUCAAACUGCAUGGCUCCGUGCCUCCAAUCUUGUCCUUUAGCAUGGGCACGCUGGGCUUUCUGGGGGAAUGGAAUUUCAGCGAGUAUAGGAAGGCAUGGAGGGAAAUGUACAUGAGUGGGAGUGAUGUGGCUUCAGUGCAGGAUGCUGCUGUGCCCAUAGACAACGGGAGGGAUGAGCGUAUGGCGGCCAACACCCCGGCUGAUGUUGCCGGGUGGGAGAGGCUGCGCGGAAAGAGCCUGGGUGUUGGCCGGGCAUCCAAGAUUUUGCUGCGACACCGACUCAAAGCCGACAUUUUUGAUCGCUCGGGGGAUAACAUUAACCACCAGGUGUCUGAUACGCUGGCCCACCAGCACAAAUCCAGCAUCGCCGGGACCCAGGAGCCGUCACCCUCUCUCCGUGCCAUCAACGAGAUAUCCGUCCACAGAGGAUCUCACCCGCACUUGGCCAUUGUCGAUAUAUACCAAAACGGCCACUUUUUGACAGAGACCAUUGCAGACGGCAUCCUCAUCAGCACGCCGACUGGCUCAACAGCAUACAGCCUCAGCGCCGGCGGGCCUAUAGUUCACCCACUUGUCAAGUCACUCCUCAUCACGCCUAUAUCCCCGUGUAGUCUGAGCUUCAGAUCGCUUGUGCUGCCCCUCGAUACCAAAGUCACGCUACGAAUGAGCCCAAAAAAUAGAGGUCGAGAGCUAGAUCUUAACAUUGAUGGGAAACGAUGCGCCGGUGUCUUGCCGGGUUCAGAGAUUCGCGUCGAGGGCGAAUUUGUUGGUAGAGCCGGGCCGGGAGAGGAGUGGCAUGGCGGUGUGCCAUGUAUAAUCCGUACAGAGGAUGAUGAUCCGUGGGUAGGCGGACUGAAUGGGUUGUUGAAAUUCAACCACCCGUUUGGGAGGGAGCCGCCAAGCGAUGAGUUUUCUGACUAG